AAAAGGGGCAGUUCUGCUUUCUGUGUCUGACCUAGUGGAUGAUAUAACCUUCGGAGACUUCUCGAAAAAGACGACCAAACUGCUAUGGAGCCGCAGGCGGCUGUGGGCUGUGUGAACAUAGGCAGUCUGACCAGCACCUUGCCGGUAAUCCCCUACCAGAAGCUGACAGACCUGUACUACCUGAGCAGAGGGGGCUUCGGCACCGUGUUCAAGGCGCAGCACUCCGACUGGAGGACCACCGUGGCCAUCAAGUGCCUGAAGCUCGACUCUCCUGUCGGUGAAAGAGAGAGGAACUCCCUACUUAAGGAGGCAGAGGUGCUCCACAAAGCCAGAUUCAACUACAUCAUCCAGAUCUUCGGCAUCUGCAAUGAGCCGGAGUUUUUCUGCAUAGUCACAGAGUUCAUGAGUAAUGGCUCCCUGGACCUGCUGCUCCACGAGAAGGACAUGUACCCUAUGCUUGCCUGGCCUUUGCGACUGAGGAUCCUGUAUGAGAUCGCUCUGGGUGUCAACUUCCUUCACAACAUGAACCCGCCCCUCUUACACCACGAUCUAAAGACACAGAAUAUACUGCUGGAUAGUGAAUUUCAUGUUAAGAUCGCAGACUUUGGUCUUUCGAAGUGGCGGCAGCUGUCUGUCAGUAAAGGCUCGGGGUCGAAGCCCACAGAGAUGGGGGGCACGGUGAUCUACAUGCCCCCCGAAGAGUACGAACCAUCCAAGAGCCGCCGGGCUGAUGUGAAACACGACAUGUACAGCUAUGCCAUCAUCAUGUGGGAGGUGCUGUCCAGACAGAUUCCAUAUGAAGAGGUGACCAACCCCAUGCAGAUUAUGUUCAGCGUGCUGCGCGGGAUGCGUCCUGACACCAGCUUGGACAGCCUGCCUGCUGAGAUCCCCAGCAGAGGGACCCUCAUUAGCCUAAUGACCUGCGGCUGGACCACUAACCCCGAUGAGCGACCUUCCUUCCUCAGUAAGCACACAUCGCUAACUGUGCUGCAGAGGGUCACCUCAUCUCUGACAGAGGGUUCAAAGUUACUGUGCACACUGCCAUAA